AUGUUACUAUCAAAUAAAACUCUUAAAUUGACUGGUCGAUCUGACGUUGUACUCAACGCUGAAUUACAAUUACGAAAGGAAAUGAUUACAGAAUUAACAUUUAAACUAGAAAAUCGUUAUUCACCAAAGACAACACAAUAUAAAAAUUUAGCGGAUAACCUUGAAAAAGUAAGCAAAAUGCCCAAUAUAUUUCAUUCGAUGAUAUGGCGUUGGGAAGUAGAAAAACAAGUGAAGAUUACAGUCGAUAAUAAUACAUCUGCAAAAACAUGUGACAUGAAAAUUGUUGGAAGACCGUCUGAAAUUGCUAAAGUUAAACAGGAAUUUAACUGA